CCAUCGGAGAUUAGAUCUAAGCCGUUCAUUUUAUCAACAAAAUAUAAAUGCGAGAAGCCUAGAACCUUCUGACCUUGAGCUCUUAUAUAUUUUCUCUUCCGUUACACUCCCCACAUUUGCUAGAUUGCUCUUGCACUGAACCCCGUCUCGUCGGAGCUUUUUUAUAUCGGAUUCUAUAGCUGAGCUUAUCUGCCAUGGGGAAGUCUUAUCCAACUGUGAGUGCCGAGUACCAGAAAGCUGUAGAGAAAUGCAAGAGGAAGCUUAGAGGACUCAUUGCUGAGAAGGGAUGUGCUCCACUCAUGCUUCGCAUAGCAUGGCAUUCAGCAGGUACUUAUGAUGUGAAGAGUAAAACAGGAGGUCCCUUUGGUACAAUGAAGCAUCCUGAGGAACUCAAACAUGGAGCAAACAAUGGCCUUGACAUCGCUGUUAGGCUUUUGGAGCCAAUCAAGGAGCAGUUUCCCAUCCUCACAUAUGCUGAUUUCUAUCAGUUGGCUGGAGUUGUGGCUGUGGAGAUUACUGGUGGCCCUGAAGUACCUUUUCAUCCCGGGAGGGAGGAUAAGCCAAACCCUCCUCCUGAAGGUCGCUUGCCUGAUGCUACAAAGGGCUCUGAUCACUUGAGAACUGUUUUUGGAGAGCAAAUGGGGCUGAGUGAUAAAGACAUUGUUGCCCUAUCUGGUGGUCACACCCUGGGCAAAUGCCACAAGGAACGUUCUGGAUUUGAGGGGGCGUGGACUUCCAACCCUCUCAUAUUUGACAAUUCUUACUUCAAGGAGCUUCUUUCUGGGGAGAAGGAAGGUCUCCUCCAGCUUCCAACUGAUAAGACACUUCUGGAAGACCCAGUCUUUCGACCUCUUGUUGAAAAAUAUGCUGCGGAUGAGGAUGCCUUCUUUGCUGACUAUGCAGAAGCCCAUUUGAAGCUCUCCGAGCUUGGGUUUGCCGAAUGUUAAGAUUUACUCGAGGAAAGCUAGGGCAUUUAGACUGCUUGAGCCCACAUCACAUUUUCAAUUCUUGGUUGCCUAGCUGUAGUAUCCAUCUACUUUGCUCCAUAUCUACAAUAUAUUGAAUAAUACAAGUAUGUUUUUUUGUGGCUGAUUGCUCUCUACGAUGUAAUACACUCAAAGAAUUGUCUCGAAAAAUGCCUUUAAACUCUUGCUAAUGCCUUAUUGUAUCAAACAGUCCGUGUCAUCACUUGAUUUGUGUUGAUCUUUAUAUUACUGCACUAUAUCCUGUGAUUGGAGCUAAAUUGUAGCGGGAUUUGAACCCACGUAGGCACGUACCAGUGCAAAAAUGUUGUACAAACUACAAAUACUACAUGAUACUAGGGGUGUAAACGAGCCGAGCCGAGCCCGAACUCGAGUUCGGCUCGUCAGCUUUGCCUAAAGACCGAGCCACUCGAGAUCGACUCGAAAGAGCAUUUUAAUCGCAGAUCUCGCAAAUGGGCUUCCUGUCUUAUGCCGUAAUGGUUUGUGGGAGAUUAGCCAUACUUUAUAGAUGGAUAGCACGGGUAACUUUUCCUCACUUUCCGGUGUGGGAAAGAUAAUCUUGGAGGUUUAAAAUAUAAACGUAGUAUGAAGAAGUGGACUUGCGAAC